AGUUGGGACUCCGCGAUGCAGCUCCUGAAGGCGCUCUGGGCACUGGCAGGGGCCGCGCUCUGCUGCUUCCUCGUCCUAGUGAUCCACGCGCAGUUCCUCAAAGAAGGUAAUUGUCCCCGGGCGCGCGGACCGGUCCUCCGCGCUCUGCCCGGCUCGCGGCGGCCCCGGCGCCCGACCCGGCUUCCAGCACGUUCCGGCUGCCGCCGCGCUCGGCUGAGGCUCGUGGAGAGCCACUGCGGGCCCGGAGCGGCCGGCGGCGCGACCCUACCAGGAGCCCGGUCCCCCGGGGAUCUCGCCGCCCCGCGCCCAUCGGGGCUCACCGGCAGGGCGCGGGGUCGGGGCGCGCUGCGUCCUCGGUUCUUCUCGCGCUGCCCCGGAUCCCCAGCCCAAGCCGAGGCUGCCGUUCCCAUCCCCUGCCCCACACGGCUCGGUGGCAGCGGCGUCCGCCCGCACGCCGCGGGCCCUCGGUAGAUGGCACCAGCGCUCCACGUUGGCCGGCCGGGCUGGGGCGGGAGCGGAGCUGGGACCC